UUUUCUUGCAACAAUACAUAAGCAUCGAAGUUCAAGCAAGCGUGGGGGUUUUAGGGUUGCUUCGCCGUGCCCUCACACUCACACUGUUCUGAGAUGGAGAAUAACGAGAUUCUAGAGGAGCUUCUCAACAUCGAGGUUGAAAUUCAAGAUGUCCAAGAACAAAUAAGGGCUUUGAUCGAGAGGCAAGAGAGUUUGUACGAGAGAAAAUCGGAGCUGAGUGCUAUUCUGGAAGCGUGUAAGGAAUCUGGAAACGAGGCCAAUAAUGCGGCUUCGAGCGCUGCGGAAAAUUGGAGUGGGGAAUUUGAAUGGGAUUCUGAAGCUGAUGAUGUUAGGUUGAAUGUUUUUGGCAUUUCCUCCUACCGUGCAAAUCAAAGAGAGAUAAUUAAUGCCAUUAUGAGUGGAAGAGAUGUUCUGGUGAUUAUGGCUGCAGGUGGUGGCAAGAGCCUCUGCUACCAGCUUCCUGCUGUUCUUCGUGAUGGAAUUGCUCUAGUUGUCAGUCCUUUGCUUUCCUUAAUUCAAGAUCAGGUAAUGGGUUUGACCGCUUUGGGCAUUCCAGCGUAUAUGUUGACUUCAACUAAUAAGGGAGAUGAGAAGUUCAUAUAUAAGACUUUGGAGAAGGGAGAGGGGGAACUCAAAAUAUUGUAUGUCACUCCAGAAAAGAUUUCAAAAAGCAAGAGGUUUAUGUCAAAACUUGAAAAAUGCCAUCAUGCUGGUCGUCUCUCUCUAAUUUCAAUUGAUGAAGCACAUUGCUGUAGUCAAUGGGGUCAUGACUUUCGACCUGACUACAAGAGCCUCAGUAUUCUCAAGACACAGUUCCCUCGUGUUCCUAUUGUUGCUUUGACUGCAACUGCUACUCAGAGGGUCCAAAAUGAUCUGAUAGAGAUGUUGCAUAUUCCUAGAUGUGUCAAAUUCGUCAGCACUGUCAAUAGGCCAAACUUGUUUUAUAUGGUAAAGGAAAAGUCAUCCGUUGGGAAGGUAGUCAUUGAUGAAAUUGCAGAAUUCAUUCAAGAAUCUUAUCCAAAUAAUGAAUCAGGGAUUGUAUAUUGCUUCUCAAGGAAGGAAUGUGAACAGGUUGCAAAGGAGUUGAGGGAGAGAGGAAUUUCAGCUGAUUAUUAUCAUGCCGAUAUGGAUGUAAAUGCUCGGGAAAAAGUCCACAUGCGGUGGAGCAAUAACAAGCUGCAGGUCAUUGUUGGUACAGUAGCUUUUGGUAUGGGAAUCAACAAACCAGAUGUCAGGUUUGUCAUCCAUCACAGUUUGAGUAAAUCAAUGGAAACAUACUACCAGGAAAGUGGUCGAGCUGGCCGAGAUGGACUUCCUUCUGAAUGCCUACUGUACUUUAGACCCGGUGAUGCUCCACGUCAGAGCUCAAUGGUCUUCUACGAAAAUUCAGGACUGCAGAAUCUCUAUGACAUUGUACGAUAUUGUCUGUCCAAAAGACAAUGCCGACGAAGUGCCUUUUUCCAUCAUUUUGCUGAGCCACUUCAAGAGUGCAAUGGGAUGUGCGACAUCUGUGCAUUCUCAAGUGAGGUGAAGGAAGUAGAUGUCUCUGGUCAUGCAAAACUGAUGGUUUCAUUGUUGCAAGAUAUGCAAGCAAAUGAUCAAAGGUCAACAAUGUUGCAAUUAGUUGAUAAAAUGAAAAUAAAACAGAAGGAACUAGGUUCUGAAUUGAAACGGGAGGAAAUUGAGCAGCUCAUCUUACACCUUUUACUGGCACGGUUUUUGAAAGAAGAAUUUCAGCAUACACCUUAUGCCACAAAUGCUUACAUUGCUGUGGGGUCAUUGGCCAAGCAAAUAUUGCAAGGGAAGAAAUCUGUGAAACUUGAGAUUUACACUGAACAGAGAACUAAAGAUGGUGUAAGGUCAGCGAAACAGUGUCUUGGGUCCUCUGGUUUGGAGCUAAAGCUUGAUGAGCUGAGAAAAGAACUGUCCUCUGCUCAUGGAGGAAUACUCCCACACUCUGUCUUGUCCACUGAACAAAUCAUCCAAUUAGCUUCUCAAAAACCAAACUCGCUGGAACAGUUGGAGAAGCUGAUUGGAAAAUUGAGGACAGAAAAGUAUGGAAAUAGAAUACUAAAGCAAAUUGAAAAAUAUUAUGAUUUCGAGCCGACUGAUAAACAAGAAAUUGAUGCUAGGGCCGCAAAGAGGUUGAAGAGCAAGAAAAAUCUUGUUAUUAUUGAAUAGUGAAGAUGAAGAGUGAUAGCUGGUGGUGUCCCUGCGGCAAUAUAUGGUUUAUUUGUAUAGCAUGGCACUAUUGAGUAUAUUCAUUCUUACAAACCGUGCUUCUGGCUCAUCCUAAAGAGGAAAAGGAAUCUGGAUGACAAAUGGCAGAGGGUCUUGACUGUCCUUAUCUAUAAUAACAGUUGAUAAAAUCGAAAGUAGAUUUAUGUAGGGCUGUUCAAAUAAACUACUCAUUCCACGCAUUAUAAUUGUUGUCCUUAAUUGUUUUACUCAAACCAA